CGCACUAAGUCCGUGCACUGCACAUCAUUGCUAAAUAUUUAAAGGGCAAUGAUCAGAUUUGGACGUGUCGCUUGCAAUGGAUGGAAGAGAUUCCACCUGCGACAUUUCACAACUGAAUUAUCACACUGUACUGACAAAGUCGCUCCUGUUAUAGACAGUGAAGCCAUCGAACAACUGGAGAGGUUAUCAUUGGUGAACUUCGGAAGCGUGGAAGGUAUCGCCAGACUAGAAGCCGCAAUAACGUUUGCUAAGCAACUGUGGUUGGUAGAACUAAACGCCGACAUCCAGCCGAUGUAUACCGUGCUCGAAAAUCAAAAACUUAAACUUAGAGACGAUCUCAUUGUUGAUGGUGGUUAUGCAAAAAAGGUGUUGAAGAACGCCGCAUUAACAGAGGAAGAUUACUUCAUAGCUCCGCCGGGCAACGUUCCAGUUAAUCUCACUACCGACAAAUACUAG